AUGGCAGCUGUAGCGUCGACGAUGAACGACAACGGUCUAUGGCUCCCCGGUGCAACCACCAAGGAAGAUAAGAUUGAAAGAUGGUGGGAGGUGAACCGCAAACAUGACCCUCCUCUUAAUCGCGGUGCCACUCCAUUGAUCGAACGCUGCAUGCGAGUCCAAGGGUGGAACGAGUCUUUCGCCAAACGAACUUUGCGAGGCUACCGCCAAUUUAUGGAGCUCAAGUCUGUCAUGAACGAUUGGGAAGAAACAAAGCUAUCGGCUCCCAUUGCCAUUCAGCAGAUGUGGGAACAACACAUUCUCGACAAUCUCAACUAUACCGAUGAUUGCUUUUUGCUUUUCGGUCGUGUGAUUGGUCAUGACCCCGAUGCUAUUUUAAACGAUAGGGCCACUCUUGAUCGCAUCAAAACUACAAAGAUUGCCUUCCAGGCGCGCUAUGGCGGGGAUCUCGACCCGGAAGUCUGGGACUUUGGUCACUCUGAUUUGGAGGGAAUGACACUGGACGGAGACGACCUAGGUGGAACUCCGCAGCAAAUGGCGCGUGGGAGGCUUCCAGUUGCAAACAUUGAUCGCGGGGCCUCGUUGUCGCCCCGUGCUCGUUCCAUUGUGGUAUCUACGGACGAAGCAGAUCUUACAGGUCCCAUGACGGAACAAAUCCGAGUAGAGUCAGUACGCUCUAGAUCUCCCACGAAUCGAACGCGCUCUUUAUCAAAGACUCCCAAAUCACCCAAAUCCCCGACUGGCAACGACCCAAUUACGAUCUUUCUCCGUGACACUAAUUCUGGCGAAGAAACUUACUUCUCACUCCGCUACCGCAGCACCCUCCGAAUCGUCUUUACCGUGUUUGCCGAGCGCAAGGGACUCAGUCAAGAGAAUCUCAAGUUUUCCUUCAAUGGUCAAUCGCUGACGGGAUACGAAACACCUUACAGCCUUGGCUUAGAAGAUCGUGCCCGCAUUGAUGUUUUGAUUGGUCAACGAAGGACAUGAGCUAUUCAAGAAAAUGGGGAGGCAACAUGCUCGCUGUGAAACAGGGGAGUCG